AUGGAGACUGUUUAUCCAGUUGCCACAUUCAAAGUGCCUCCUCGCCCCCUUCUCCCAAGUAUCAAAAGUAACGUCACUAGUUUCCGAUUUUUACACUCCCACCUACGAAAUAAACAACUUGAGUUUCAGAAUCACGGCUUUUCUUCUCAAUUUAUAUUCAGAUGUAGUGCCUGUAGCAAAUUCUUGGUUUCUCAAUCUGAACACGAAAGAUUAAAGUGCGCACAGCAACUGUUUGAUAAUUUUCCCAAUAGGGAUGUGAUCUCUUGGUCCGCUCUCAUUGCUGCUUAUUCUCGAUGUGGGAAUUUUGCCCAAGCAUUUGGUUUGUUCCAGAAAAUGAUGGGUGAAGGAUUGCAGCCCAAUGGAUUUUCAUUAGCCAGCUUGCUCAAGGUGAGUUGUAGUACGGGGGAAAUUGGACUUUGCAGACAGCUCCAUGGCUGGUCUAUCCGAACCGGUUUUGGAUUAGAUUCUGGAAUAAGGGCUGCCUGGAUAACCAUGUAUUCCCGUUGUGGUGUGUUGGAAGAUGCCCAGAGGGUUUUUGACGAGACCUCUCUUCUUGCUCUCGAUAUCCUCUUGUGGAAUUCAAUUAUAGCAGCCUAUAUCUUCCAUGGGUGUUGGGUUGAGGUGCUUCGUCUGUUUUGCAAAAUGGUGUCAGUUGGGGUUGUUGCACCAACAGAGCUCACCUAUGCUAGUGUUGUCAAUGCUUGUGGUUCUUCAGGUGAGGAGAAGUAUGGAGCAAUGGUUCAUGGAAGGAUCAUCAAAGCUGGACUUGAAGCAACUAAUCUAUGGAAUUCUCUUGUUACAUUUUAUGGCAAAUGUGGGAACUUACAACAUGCAAGCCAAUUAUUUGAGAGGAUUUCUAGGAAGGAUGUUGUUUCAUGGAAUGCAAUGAUUGCAGCCAAUGAACAAAGAGGAGAAGGGGAGAAUGCUCUAGGUUUAUUCCGUAGGAUGCUCAAAGUUGAACCGCCUGUUCAACCAAAUCGUGUCACUUUUCUUAGUUUGCUUAGUGCUGUUUCUGGGCUUUCAGCUUUAAGGUGUGGAAGAGAAAUUCAUGCUCAUAUCUUUAGACUCAGCCUUGAAGUUGAUACCAGCAUCACCAAUUCUCUCAUCACCUUUUAUUCAAAAUGCAGGGAAGUUGGCAAAGCAAGAGAGAUUUUUGAGAGGUUGUUGUUAAGGGAUAUCAUUUCAUGGAAUUCAAUGCUUGCUGGAUAUGAGCAGAAUGAGCAGCAAGGAAGAUGUUUUGAUAUCUUUAAGAGAAUGAUGCUUUCAGGGAUUGAGCCAGAUUCACACAGUCUCACUAUUAUUUUCAAUGCAGCUUCUCGUGAUUCAUCCGGGUUAAUAUAUUUUCGAAGGGGUAAAGAAAUUCAUGGGUAUAUUUUGAGGAGAAUUACCCCAGGAGGUGUGAGUUUGUCAGUCUCUAAUGCAAUUCUUAAAAUGUAUGCAAAAUUCAACCGUAUAGCAGAUGCUGAGAAGAUUUUCAAGGGGAUGAAGAAUAGGGAUUCAUACUCCUGGAAUGCAAUGAUGGAUGGGUAUUCAAGAAAUGCCAAGUUUGAGGAUGUCCUAAUGAUUUUUCUAGAUAUUCUUAAGCAAGGUUUCCCAUUAGAUCAUGUGAGCCUCUCAAUUCUCCUUACGUCCUGUGGCAGAUUGGUUUCCCUCCAACUGGGUAAGCAGUUUCAUGCUGUUGUUGCCAAACUCUUCAAUGGCCAGGAUUGUCCUCACCAGGAUUCUCUUUUGUCAAUCAACAAUGCAUUGAUUUCCAUGUAUUCAAAAUGUGGAAGUAUUAAAGAUGCUGCCCAAGUAUUUUUAAAGAUGGAAAGGAAGGACGUCUUUUCUUGGACAGCUAUGAUCACAGGCUGCGCACACCAUGGACUGGCUGUUGAAGCCCUUCAGCUAUUUGAGAGAAUGAAAACAGAUGGCAUCAAGCCCAACCAGGUAACUUUCCUCGCACUACUCAUGGCUUGCGCUCAUGGGGGUCUUGUUCAAGAGGGGAGCUAUUAUUUUGACUCCAUGUACAAUGAUUAUGGUCUAAGCCCAAGUAUUGAACACUAUGCAUGCAUGAUUGAUUUGUUUGGCCGAUCAGGUCAGUUUGAUCGUGCAAAAAGCCUGGUUGAGUUUGGAAUCACUCUCUUUAAGCCCUAUCAUGAUGAUAUCUUGAACCUGUGGAAGGUUUUACUUGGGGCAUGUCAUGCGUCUAAGCAGUUAGAUCUUGGGGUAGAGGCUGCAACAAAGAUUCUUGAAUUGGAACCUGAAGAUGAGGCUACCUACAUUCUUCUAGCGAACCUUUAUGCCUCUUCAGGCUUAUGGGAGGAUGCAAUCAAGGUUAGGAAGGCAAUGAGAGAUAAAGGGCUAAGGAAGGAAGUUGGGUGCAGCUGGAUAGAUACUGGAAACAGGAGACACGUCUUUGUGGCAGGAGAUGUAUAUCAUCCUCAGAGAAAAGAGAUAUAUGAGAAGCUGGCACAGUUGAAUUAUAGUUGUAGAAGGAUGGGCUAUGUCCCCAUGACAGAGCUUGUGCUUCAUGAUGUGGAUGAGACAGAGAAGGAAGCAAUUCUGGGAUGUCAUAGUGAGAAAUUGGCGGUGUCUUUUGGUCUUUUGAAUUGUGGGGUUGGCAAUGGUGUAAUUAGAGUGAUGAAGAACUUGCGGGUGUGUGAGGAUUGUCAUAGCUGGAUGAAAUUUGCUUCCCUACUGGAGAAGAGGGAAAUACUACUUAGGGAUUCACAGCGAUUCCAUUUGUUUAGGGAUGGCAGCUGUUCUUGUGGAGAUUAUUGGUAG